AUGACUGUAAUCGAUAAUAGUACGAUAAAUUCUCAUGUUGGAGAAGAACAUGCGAUUGGUACAGUGAUUUUAUUUUUAUCAUUUGCUGUCUUGGCUGGAUGUGUAUGCAAAUUAAUACUUUCACAAAUAUUGAAAAAUAAAUUUCCUGCUCCAUUUACAGUGAUCGUACUCAUUUUGGGCUUCAGUAUCGGUAUGAUUAUAGCCCAUAUUUAUGGAGUUACCAAUGAUUUUUUACUUGGUGAAAAAGUAUUAAGAGAAAUUAAUCCUCAUCUUAUUUAUUAUAUUUUUCUACCGUUACUCAUAUUCGACUCUGCGUUUAACAGCCAUUUUCAUGUUAUUCGACCACACAUCCUAUCUGCUAUACUUCUCGCUGGUCCUGGUGUACUCAUUUCUACUUCUAUCGUUGCAGUGUUUGGUGUCUAUAUAUUUCCUUAUCAUUGGUCGUGGUUAGUUAGUAUAAUGUUUGGAAGUAUUCUGAGUGCAACAGAUCCCGUUGCUGUUGUGGCAUUAUUACACGAAUCAGGGGCAAGUAAAUCACUAGCAGCAUUGAUCGAUCUUGAAUCAUUAUUGAAUGAUGGUUCCGCUUUUGUCAUCUUCAUGGUUUUUCGAGAUAUUGUCGUCGGCAAAAGUGAUAAUGCCAAGAAAAUUAUUAUCGAUAUCGCCAAGUUCACUAUAGGUGGUCCAGCUUUUGGUAUUGCCUGUGGCAUCGUUGCCGUGAUCGUUUUCAAUCUGAUCCAUAAUGAACCUGAAGUCGAAAUUAUAUCGACUUUUGGUCUUGCGUAUCUGAUAUUCUAUGUUGCUGACGUUGAAAUAGGUGUUUCAGCUGUCCUGGCAGUGGUGGUCAUGGGACUUUUUAUGGCCAAACACAAAUAUUGUAUUAGUAGUCAUGUGCAAGUUCCAAUGGCUAAUACUUGGCGCAUCAUUAUUGAUUUUGCAAAUAUUCUCAUUUUUAUCAUUACUGGUAUUAUUUUAGCUCACUCAUUGAUCGGCACUAAAACAACUAUUAUUAUACAUGAUUUUGGAUUUUCUAUUCUAUUGUAUAUUGCUAUUCAUCUCGCACGUCUAUCGUCUGCCCUAAUUCUCUAUCCUUUUAUACGUUGGAGUGGUGUGCAUCUAUCUUGGAGAGAAUAUACGGUUUUAGUUUGGGGCGGUUUAAGAGGAAGUAUGUCCGUCAUUUUAGCUUUGAUGGUUGAUUCUGAAGAACAGAUCGAUAUUGAAACGAGACAUCGUUUUCUUUUUCAUAUAUGCAUGAUUACCCUUCUCACACUAAUUAUCAAUGGAACAAGCAGCAAAUUCUUAGUAAGACUUCUUGGUGUAGAUCAUGGGACACCGGAAAGUGAACGCAUUUUAGUACAAGCUCUCGAACAUAUGCGUAAACAAACAGCGAUACAACUGCAUAAGAUGAAACAGGAAAAACAAUUUUCUGAUGUCGAUUGGACUAUGCUCAACGAAUAUUUACCGGAAACAUUAGUUCAAGAAAUGGAUGCACAACGAAGAACUUCCGUUCAUCGCCGAUUCUCCGUUCUACCAGAAUUUCCUGAUAAUAUAUUGCAAGAUGUUCAUGAAAAAAGUACUGUCAAAGAUAUUGAAUUAAAAUCAGUUCCGAGUAUAUGUGAGACCGACAGUAUUCCGAUAAACUUCACUCCGGGCCAACAGUAUUCAACUCUUCGACAUAUCGUAUGGUCAACUAUUGAUAUGGGGUCAAGUGAUAAAAAUAAAAAUGAAAAUGUGGACUUUCGAAAUGAACUAACUACUCGUUUUCUCACAGCAUUGUUAGUUGACUAUGAAAAACAAUGGUUUCUUGGGAUGAUUCGUCGACGAACACUCUACAUUCUAAUUCAAUCAGUUGAAAAAGCUAAACAUCAGCAUUCAUUGAAAGUUCAUUGGCAAUUAAUCGUUGAACAUUUUCGAUUAUCGAGAUCGCUGAAAAUUCUUAUGCGAUUUAAUGGUAUCGACUGCAUUAAAAAACAGUCGCAUAAAUUAUUAUUUGAUCAUAUCUUUCUCACCAUUGAAUUGACUCUCGCUUUUCAUUCUGCUCGAACUCGUAUGGAUAAUAUUCAAAAGCAAUUUCCUGAAUUGGCUAAAAUUGAUGAACGAAUUUGGCACGAAGUUUAUCAAGAAAUUCAUUUCUAUCAUGUUACUGCUACCUAUAUUCUUCUCGAUAUACAACAAUCCUAUGAAUUGUGUUGGCAAAUUCAUAUGACAAAACGAUGUGCUCAAAUAUUACUCAAAUAUGAACUGAAGAUGAUCACUGAACUUUAUGAAACGGGAAUGCUUGGAAAAAGUAUAUAUUCACAUAUCAACGAAUUAAUUGAAAAGAAAUUGUUUAGUCUCGAAUUCUAUCGUGUUCAAAUGCCAAAAGGUCAUGUGAAAGCGAUUAAAAAUGCCUUUGACUUAUUACCAUUCUUUCAAUCACUAGCUGUUCCUGAAUACAGACGUUGGAAAGCGAUUAUGAAACCAACACAUCGAUGGUUUCAACCAAAUAAAACUCUAAUUAAAAAGGGUGACACAGUAUCGACUGCCUAUCUUAUCGUUCGAGGUAUUGUUCAAUGUGACAUAGAUACAGUUCCCAUCUAUUAUCGAUCGGGUAAUAUUAUCGGAAUCGAUGCUUUAUUCUCACAAAACCUAACAGCACAUGAUACUUAUUUUGUCAGUGGUGGACUUUUGGAAGCUUAUCGUAUCGAUAAUACAUUAUUGAAUCAAUUUUUAAACGAUGAGAAUUUAGCUCCUUCCAUCUAUCGUGAAAUUGCUCGACAUAUCUUGACUAAUAGUUACCAAGAACGUGUGCCAUUGAAUCGUUUGCAGGUUAGAUUACUUUUGCAUCAACGAGCAAAAUUUUAUUGGAAUCAAUCGGAAAUAUCGAUUCAACUGAAAGAGAAUCAAAGAUUAUUUAUUCUUGCCGGCAACGUUAUUCAUUUAUCGAAUAAUGAAAAAAAAACGUAUGAAUCUAUUCAACUGCAAAUCUUUGAUAGUGAAGCAGAAAUUCUUCUUAAUUCAUCGACGGUGGCCUAUUCAUGGAUGUACGAAGAUGAAGAAUUUUGUAGUAAAGAUACUGAUCUUACAGUUCAUUUUCCAUUGCAAACCCAUGGUUUGCUCUCAAAUGAUUUACUUUAUCCAGGAUAUUCAGGUGAAAUUACGAGUUCUCCCGAACGACGACGUUCAUCACUACUCGUGAACAGUGGCGCACAUUCCACUGAGGUGUAA